AUGGCAGACAAGACGACUCAAGAUACCCACACGACUCCUGUCGGUCCUUCAUACAGGACUCAUCAGCAGAAGCCCAGUGCCACCGUCUCAGUCGACGUCAACCUGGACAAUGUUCAUGUUCUGCCUCAGACCCCUCAGCUCAUAGCUCUACUGUCGAUGAUCCGUAGCAAAGAGACGGAGCGCGCAGACUUCAUCUUCUAUUCCAACAGAAUCAUUCGACUGCUUGUUGAGGAAGGUCUUAACCAUUUGCCUGUCAUUGAGCACACUGUCACUACGCCUAUUGGUCGCACUUACAAUGGUCUCAUGUUCCAGGGCAAGAUUUGCGGCGUGUCUAUCAUGAGAGCUGGCGAGGCUAUGGAGCAGGGUCUCCGUGACUGCUGCCGCUCGGUUCGUAUUGGAAAGAUCUUGAUCCAGCGUGACGAGGAAACGGCUCAGCCCAAGCUCUUCUACGACAAACUGCCCGAGGAUAUUGCAGAUCGAUGGGUGCUUCUUCUGGAUCCCAUGUUUGCUACUGGUGGCUCUGCUACCAUGGCAGUUCAGGUGCUCAAGGCCAGGGGCGUGCCCGAGGAGCACAUCCUGUUCCUCAAUCUGAUUGCAAGCCCCGAGGGAGUCAAGAACUUUUCCGCCAAGUUCCCUCGCUUGAGGGUCGUAACAGCCUUUAUUGACGAGGGCCUCGACGAGAAGAACUAUAUCGUUCCUGGUCUGGGAGACUUCGGAGACAGAUUUUACACUAUCUGA